AUGAUUGUUUUGUUCGAUAGUUUCACAUUGGGUCGAUUUACUUCUUUCACUGAAGACGGCUGCCCCGAUGGCUACAUGCAGAUUCAAGAAGCGAGCAGACCUCAAGUGGGUGGCUCUUGGUGUGGAACAUCAUGGGGUCCUUCGAUAUAUUAUAGCGAGACCAAAUCUAUAACGCUCAUAAUAAGACUGCUGCAUCUUUCAAAAGACCAGAAUAACUACAAUUUCAAUUUCCGAAUGGCAUAUAAAGUUCUGAGGAGAGAAUUUGCGACAGUUCGAUAUGGAGGCACCCCACCAUCGGAUCGUCCAUUUUUCAAGAUGAGACCUCCGCUUUUUCCCGUUAACGUGUCACGCGUGGAAGAUACAACCGUAGGGAGGAUAACAAAAACGAGCGAGUAUUAUCUCGGGGAUUUGAUUUCUGGGACAUAUUGUUCACGUAUCUUCAGUGACUGUGAUCGUAAAAACUGCAGGUUACAGUCACCAAAUUUCCCCGGUGUUUAUCCAAGGAAUUUGACAUGUUACUAUGCUGUAAGACAACACGAAGUGCCUCAAGGGAAACACGCUUUAAUAGUAGUGAAACAACCAAACGGACAACUAGUUUCUAUAAGGAGUCAAAAGGCUUUUUAUGCGGCACAACAAGAAAGGGGUAAUAGUGGAAGAGAAUUAAAGUUCUGGCAACAAUGUGACGAGGUGCAGGAUUAUGUAACGGUGUAUGAUGGUUAUACGACCAGAGAUCCAGUCGUUUUAAGGUUUUGUGGAGGCGGUGUUUCGGUUCCAGAGGCAAUUUCUAGUGGUCCGGAGCUAUUAGUGGAAUUUACAACUUCGCCCUUCGGGACUUUCUUGCAACCGGCCACUUCACAAUCCCUGCACGGAUUCCAAUUAGAAGUCGAGGUCAGGUUCGUGGAUCAACAGUCCCCUACAUAUGCUAAGAACAAAAGGGCCUGCGAAUUUUGGAUAAGGGGAACUGGCAGGGGUAUUUUAGAACACCCGCAACAUUCCCUACCUCCAAAUAUAACAUGUUUGUAUCACAUGCAAGGGAUCGAUACAUCCGGACCAUCGGGAAGGAAUAUUAUGUAUAGACGACCCUCGUUCUCAGCUCCAAGAUUCAGAGUGUGGUUUUCGGUAUUGAAAUUUUAUGUGACCAAUGCUCUUAAUCCCAAUUUACCCGAAGAUGAGUACUGUGGAAGUCAUUUAAAUAUAUGGGAUGGGCCAAUGAGAAUAUCUCCGGGAUGCAGCGAUAUAUUUUGUGAUAAAGAGAGAUCAGUACAGAUGUCUCGAGCAACGUCACCUCAGUCUGUAAUCGUCGGUCGCCCGCCAACAAAUGCAACACUAGUAGCGAGGUUUUGUCGAGAACGUGCACCUAGGACUUGCGAACAUGCACUACUACGGAAAUCAAGAGCCUGUGCUAGAACAGAAAGCUUCUUGUCUAAAGGAGAUUCCUUAACUUUGGAGCUGAAACUAACACAAGGAACGGCGCUUAAGCCUGUUUUUUUCAAAGCUCUUUAUGAGUUCGUUGACCUUCACCAAGACGGUGAACCGUGGGGGCGUGGUUCGUGUUCCAGACGAUUUGCCUCCCGCUCUUUCCCAGAAGCGCCACCAGAUCCACCUGUUACUUUUUCAUCACCAAGAGACGUAUUUUUGUACGGCCGAGGUGGAGCUAGAAAUAUAAGUUGUACUUAUCGCUUCGAAGCAAACCCUGGUGAAGUAGUUCGACUCCGUGUUUGGGGAGUGCGCAGCGGUGGCAGACUCUGCAGAUCAGUACAUUCAGCACACUCACCCUGGUUCCGAUGCGCUGGUGACAUCACUGCCGCUGUCAGGGUCUUCGAUAGACCUUGGAAGAAUAACGGGCCAAACGUACCAAGAGAUUGUUUGUGCAGUGAUGUUGGAGACUACGAGUUUACUUCUUCGUCAACUGUUGCUGAACUAAAAUUCGACGUUGUGAACAUGUCGGCUACGGAUGACUUCAGAUCCUUCGGCUUCGAGGCGUCCGUUGAGUUCGUCAGACUGGAUACUACAUGUGAUAGUUCCCAUAGAGUCUAUGGAGCGAGUGGGCAGCUGAGAUUGACUAACACGAUGCCUGUAUCACCUGAAGUUGACCGAUGCGAGCGAAGGCCGUGGCUUAUUGAUCCGUCCCCUGGUCAUUAUCUCUACCUCCAAAUCCGCGGUAGCAUAAUCAAAGAACCAGAGUUGGACAACUUCACGCUCCUCAACAACAUCACUGCUGCUCCCGAUUUGAGACACCUGUGUAGGACGCAGAAUAGGAUAGGAGUGUAUACUGGAGGACUAUCACCAGUAUUUAUCUGCCCAGAUCCACCUGAUGAACAGAAUGAUGAUGUCGUAGAAGUAUUCUCUGAUGGUUGGCUGAAGGAAGUAGAUCCACUCGCUCGACAUGUGAUGGCUCCGCCACCUUCUCCUGACCGUUUUGAUUUGGACUGGCCGAGGUCAUUGUCUGUGGAACUCAUACCAGUCGAGCCAGGAACUUACUAUAUCACAUGGUUGGAACUCUCGAGAAGACACCCGAGCCCCCGCGGCGGUGUAUUCGCCCUGUCCGGAGAGUGUGAGUACCGCUGCAAGUCUCUCGACGCAUGCAUAUCCUCGUCACUGUGGUGUGACGGCGUAGCGCACUGUCCGCACGGCGAGGACGAGCGCCUGGCGCAGUGUUCAGCGCUGUUACGAAUGCCGGCGCAUUACGCGGCCGCCAUGCUGGCAUUUACUAUACUCACCGCUUUUGCUGUGAUUGCAGUAGCGCGCUCCUGUCGAAGAAAACGUUCAGCGCUUCAGCAGCGUCUCAAAAGUUUAUCGUCGGAUACCGCCAUCUUCGACGAGAAGGAAGUGAUUUGCUGACCCAGCGAGGACUCCGUGCGGUACGUGGAAAUAGACCGAGUCACUACAGUGUGACCGGCGUUACGCAUGGAGUCCUUAUUGAAAUGCACUGUUGGGAACUAAUCGAGUUAUAUUAGUGUUAAGCAGAGGCAUUUUCUGAUAAUUGUUGAGCCGUGCCAGAUGCGGGAUCCAUUUCAGAUGUUGAAUUAUAAAAGUAGGAAUUGAAGCGAAUUACAAGGGGUUCGUUAGUUGUGAGAACAGAAUCUGGAGGUUUAUCUAAAGGUGAAUAUUUUUAAAAUUCUCUCGCUGAUAAUAGACUUACAAUGAAUCAUAAUGAUGAUUCGAUUUUUAUUCUUAAUGUAAAUACAGUUUAUGCGAUUGUAGUAGAAUUAUAACAAGGAUGAUAUUUUACGGACCAAGUGCAGUCGAUCGGUGGCCAAAUAUUGUUCAUCUCUUCAUGUUUGAAAAGUGAUGAAAGAUAUUAUAGUUCUGAAGUGAUGAAAUAAAAAAUCUCAAUGGAAAAAUCUGCACAGUGAUGAAAUUAGGGAUUACUGAGUCAUAUGUAUAUUGUUUGAUUGUACGUAAUUCACCUAUUUUGAGAAACUAUAACACAAAAGACAGCAAACGAGUUAAAUUGUUCAUGAAAUUUAUUGAGUACAAUAGGCAGCCAAUAUUUAUAAAUUAAUAAAGACUUAAAAUAGGUUCUUUAUGAUGUUAGAAAUAAAACGCACAAUAUUACAUCAGAGUAUGUUUGACCGAUCGACCUGAGGCACAAAUUGAAUAACAUUUUGAUUGUGAUUGGACACGAUGUAAAUAAUUAAGAAUUCGUAGUGUCUCCUAUUUAAAGUUCGUUAACGGAAACUAAUAAAUUACUAAUUGUAAUAAGCGUUAGUGAUUAUGAUGUGGCAAUAAAUUUUGUUUUUAAGUUAAUCGAAGUGACCCUGUGUUCUAAACGUUGCUCUAAAUUCGUAUACGUGAUAUAAAUACUGCCAUUUUAUUAGUGUCGUUCUUAUUCCAACUGCCACUAUCGAGUGUCGAGUCUUCUAUUAACACGUUGGCUAUAAACACUACUUUUGAUUUGACCAGUGAUGUUUUUCAUAAAAAGAAGAAGACGUGAUCCCAUUUUAAUGUUCUUAGCAGCCAACGUGUUAAAUUCGAGUCUUUUGUCAAUCUUUCUUUGUAAUGGUUCCUUUUCACUUUAUUAUGAAAUAACCCUACCACAGAAAUUAUAUUCUAAAACUUUAGUAUCAAUUCAAUGUUAAUUUUCAUGAUAGACAUAAAUAAGUUAGUAUAUAACAGAAUAUCCUAACGAAAUAAAAUCGUUGUAAAUAGAACUAAAAUUAUUCAUAUCUUAGAGGUGUAUUGAAGUGAUAUAUGUUUGUUUCCCAAGGAAAUUAUUAAAGUUUAUAAUAUCGCGUUAACUAUUAGUGAAAGAAAAUAGCUGAAUGAUCUUAUAUGAGAACAACUUCUUUAAAUUGAUAAAUGAAUUAUUGUCGAUAUAUAAUCAUUAAAGAAUGUGUUGCCAAAUGAAAAUUAUGAAACGAACACUGCCAAGAGGAUUAUGAAUUGAAAGAUAAACGCAUUUUAAGUGAGAUUGACGCUUACUUUGAAGAUAAGUUUAAAAAUAGUAUAAUAUGGUGUAAGGAGUUGUAUCUCAUGUAAAAUCAAAAUAGAAACUUAGUGAUCGGGUAAUUUUUUUUUUAGAUAGGUAAUAU